GCGGGCUGGCGCUCCCGUGAGGCUGUGCGCGUGCGGUGGCCGCGGCGGGCUUUGAGCUGAGAGGCGAGAGCAGUCUUUAGAGAGUUAAAGCAUUUCCUCCCUUCUUUAUGGAGCUGAUAGAAGGUUCGUUUUGUGUUUGAAUUGACUUUUCAGUCAACACCACACAUCCGUUUUAGUUAGAAAACAGCUGGGUUGUUGAACCAUGAGUUGUGGAAAUGAGCUUGUGGAAACAUUAAAAAGGAUUAAUUACCCCAAAGCUGAUGCCCUUAAUGGGGCGGAUUUUGAUUGGUUGUUUGACACUGUGGAGGACCAGUCAUUUUUGAGGUGGUUUUGUGGAAAUGUGAAGGAACAGAAUGUCUUGUCAAAAGAAGAAUUGCAAGCUCUUAGCCUUCUUGAGAAGUCAGGCAAGCCCAUCCUAGAGGGAGCAGCCCUGGAGGAAGCUCUAAAAACCUGUCAGGCCUGUGACUGGAAGACACCCAGCCUGGAUGACCAGGAUCUGGAGAAAUUAGAGGAUGAGGUUCGAAUGCUGCAGAAAGUGAAGCAGCUGCGAGUUCAGCGUCGGAAUAAAUGCCAGCUGCUGGCCGCGGUGAGGGCCCAUGGGUCUCUGGGGCUGGGCGCCAAGGAGGCGCCCGCUGCCAGGGGGCUGUCGAGGAGCCAGGGCGUUCUGAGGGCUGCGGCUGCAGAGGCCAGCGCGGCACUUCAGGCUCUUGGUGGCGGGGUAGCCAGACUGAUGACGCUAGGGCACUCUCACGCCGGCCGGGGCACAGAGCCGACGCUGUUUUUAUCACAGCUUUCCCUGGAAAAAUACCUAAGCCAGGAAGAGCAAAGCACAGCAGCGUUGACCCUGUACACCAAAAAGCACUUCUUUCGCGGUAUACCCGAAGUAGUUGAAAGUUCAAACGAAGAAAACUUCCAGCUUUUAGAUAUGCAAGCGCCAUCUGUUCACGACGAUCAAGCCCUUGUUGAGGAGAGACGACUAGAGAUGGCUAGACUGCGAUUCGCACACAUUUGCAUCCAGCAGCAGUUAAUUCACUUGAAAGCAAGUAAUUGGAGCAUGAGCUCAAGUAUCAAGUGGGCAGAGGAGAAUCUCCACAGUCUUCCCCGCCAGGUUGUUGGCGAAGGUAAUUUGGAUGCUAAGAUUUCUAGCCUGAAAAGUGAGAUCCUGCAACUUGAAGAAGAAAUCUCUCACAUCAAAGACCAAAGCUUGCCUGCUCUGGUCAAAGAGAAUGCCCAGUUACUUUUGAGUAUGCCAGUCGUAAAGGGAGAUUUUGACCUGCAGAUUGCUAAACAAGAUUAUUAUACAGAGAGACAAGAGUUGGUUUUAAAUCAGCUGAUAAAGCAAAAGGCAUCCUUUGAACUUCUGCAGUUAGCAUUUGAAGUUGAAUUGAGAAAACACUGGGACGUUUACCGUCAGCUUGAAAGUUUGGCUCAAGGACUUAGUCGAAGUAAUAGCGUACUCCACCAGCGAUUAGAAAUGCUAAAAGGCCCAUCAGCACCCGAGCAGAUAAACUCGAGAAAUACCAUUGACACCAAGGACUACUCUACCCUUAGACUCUAUCAACUCUUAGAAGGAGAGAAUAAGAAAAAAGAAUUAUUUGUAACCCAUGAGAACCUCAAGAAAUCAGCUGAGAAAUUAAAACAGGAUGUUUCUUUAGUACAAAGCCAGUUGGCGCUAUCUGCUCAAGAGCAUUCUUUCUUUCUGUCCAAACUGAAUAACGAUGUGGACAUGCUUUGUGAUGCUUUAUAUCAAGGCGGCAAUCAGCUUUUGCUUAAUGAUCAGGAGUUAGUGGAGCAGUUUCAUCAAGUUGAAUCUCAGUUGAAUAAGCUAAAUCAUCUUUUCACUGAUAUUCUUGCUGAUGUAAAGACAAAAAGAAAAAUUUUGACAUCUAACAAACUCCAUCACAUGGAAAGAAACUUAUAUGUAUACUUCUUAAAAGAUGAAGACUACCUGAAAGAGAUGGUGGAGGACUUAGAAAACCAAUCAAAGAUUAAGGCCAUUGAUCUUGAAGAUUGAAAAUUACUAACAGCUGGUGUUUUUGCUAUAUUAUUACCUGGAACAGAGAAUUAACUACAAUUUUCCUUUUCUCCAGCAAUGUAGAAAAAUAUGUCAGCUGUUUUUUUGGCCCAUGCUAGCAAAUUCUGUUUAAAUUCAUACCCGAUACUGUGUGUGUGGCCAGCAGCUGCAUAGUUGUUCUGUUCCUCCCCUACUUUUCCCUCUGCCCUGGGAUCCAGUACCACUGGACAGUGGGAGGGAAAUGUCAGGCUUUGUGUCUGUCAGGAGUAUCCAAGUCACUUAAAGUAGGUUACUACAAAUAAAUUUUGAAUGGUACUUGCAUGUACUGCUUGCUUCAAAGUUGGUUAGAUAGAAAACAAGUUAUUUUGCCUGUUUUCCAUUAUAUUCCAGUUGAGCCUUUGUUUUGUUUUUCUUUUUCUUCCUUCCUUCCUCCCUCCCUUCCUUCCUUCCUUCCUUCCUUCCUUCCUGAAAUAUUUUAAUGAGAGAGCUGUAUAGAGAAAGAUACCAGAGCCCUGCUCUGCUUUGCUCUGGCUGAUGGUGAUGCUGGGGAUUGAACCUGGGACUUCAGAGCCUAAGGCUUGAGAGUCUUAUGGCAUAACCAUUCUGUUGUCUCCCCAGUUGUCUUGUUUUCUUCUUGCUAUCCUAUGUGUAUAGAUAAUUGAUACCUAUUCCUUUGGUUAUAGAAUAAUUUUUAAGAACAUCUCAGUUAUAAUUUUUCAAAUAACUUGUUUCUUAUUUUGAGAUCCUAAAAUUAAUGUAUGUGUAUUAUGUUUACUUAUGUUUAGGAUUUUAUGAAAAUGGAAAAUUAUGAGACAUUUGUAGACUUUGGUCUCAGUAAGAGUCCGCUCUCCAGUGUGGCACAGAAGAUUAUGUCUGCUAUACACUCAGGUAACUUAGUGGAGUUUAAGAAUGAGUAAAUAAAAAGUAAUUUUUAGGAGCCUUUCUAACUAUUGCUAAGGAUAUUAAUUAUUCCUAGGGCUGGAAAAUGAAGCACAUCAGAAUUAUUCCAUUGACUUUCUGAGUUUGAACUCCUGCUCCUCACCUAUAGGGGGGAAGCUUCAUGAGCAGUGAAGCAAGUAAUGUAGAUGUCUCUCUUGUUUUUCUCCUCUCGAUUUCUCUCAGUCCUAUCAAGUAAAGAAAGAAAGAAAAGAAGAAAGAAAAGUCCAUUGGAGUUGUAGAUUUAUCCACUGAGUCCCAGUGAUAACCCUGGAGACAUGGUUGAAAACGAAGGAUACAUUGAUACUUUGUCAGAUCACUUUCUUUGCUUGGGUUUGGUACAAGAGUUCAUGGGGGGCUAGGCAGUGGUGCACCUGGUUGAGCACACAUGUUACAAUGCACAAGGACCCAGGUUCAAGCCCCUGGUGUCCACCUGCAGGGAGAAAACUUUAAAAGUAGUGAAGCAGGACUGCAGGUGUCUCUCCUCCCUGUCUAUUUCCCAUGCCUCUCAAUUUUAAAAAUAAAAUAAAUUAUAUUUAUAGAGAGAAGGCAAGGGUUCACGUGACCCCAGCAGGUGGGCUCAGGAACUCCUGCUCUAACAGGCACCGGAUCCUGGACUGCCCCAUCCUUAUUCAUUACAAAUAAAAUGUUGUAAAUCAGUGUUUCAUUUCAGAAAAGCCAUCUCAAGAAAUAUUCAAAUGAAUUUAGGAAUUAAUGGAAUGUGUCUCUACAAACAGUAAGUAAACCAAGCAGGAUUACUGUGAACAUGUCACUUUGGUGUCUUAAUUUUCUGGCUUGCACACUGCAAAGAUUGGACUGUGUUUUCCUACAAGAUUUUUUAAACCCUUUGCUGUGAGAUGAACAAAAGAUAUAAAAAAAAAAGAAAGUGAUAUUUUAAUAAACAAAGAGUAUUGCUACCAAAUUACCACAUAUCAAUACUUCCAAACUCAGAACCCUCCUUUACUCAAAGAGAAACCAUCAUCCUAAUGUUUAAUGGCAGCUGCUUCCCAGAGAUGAGUCUUUUCCAUUGUAUGGGGGCUUAUGUAUUUUUUAUAGAGACAGGAAGAUAGAGAGGAUGGGCUCAAGGAUACCUUAUUUCCCAGCUGGACUCCUUUCUCUUCCCAUCUGCUGGAAACUGAAAUGACUCCUUGUUAGUCCUGCAAACAGCAGUUCUUGGAGAACCCAGGUGUUGGAUAAUUGUGAAAGCAUGGUAAGAGCAUAGGGGAACUUCCAUCAUAAAGAUGGAGGUCUGAAAAGACACCCCACCUGUCAGCCUCUCCCUUUCAGGGGUCGAGCAUGGAGGGAAAAGCUUUCCUGACUCAGUUUCCUCUUGAGCUUGAGAGUCCAAAGCUUUAUCACUGCGCCACCUCCCGCACCACUGCAAUUUUUAAUCUCACUGAUUAUAACUAUUUUUCUAGAAACUAGCAGAGAGACACACACCACAGCCCAAAGCUUCCUUCAGUAUGGUGGAGGCCAGGCUCGAACAUGGGUUGUGCACAUGACAAAGCAGUGCACCAGUGAACUAUUUUGCCAGCUCCUGGUUAUACCUUUAGACCAGAUUCAGAAUUACCUUCAUUUAACUUAAAAUUUCAUGGUCAUUUAUUACUCAGUAGUGGUAAUGAGGUUUUUGAACACUGAAGUACCUGUAGGUAUUGAGAUUCUCAUUUUCUAAUGGACCUUUGUGAGUUCAUUGCUCUGGGCCAGCUUUUCAUCCAGAUUGGCCAGGAGGGAGAGAGAGCCUCAGUGCGACCAUGGCCCUCCUGGUGUGGAGUGGGGCCUCUGACCUGGGCUGAGUUAGCAAGGCAGUUGUUUGCUGCACGGAUGAUUGUCACUUGAUGUUACUUAGAGGUAAAUGUGGUUUCUAGUAAAGCCGAGAGAUUUUUUUUUCUUAUUAACAUUUUUUUAUAGGUAGAGUGAGGACUGGGAAGGAAGGGGGGUAGAGACCCUUCACAGCACUGCUUUACUGCUAGUGAAGCUUCCCCUGCAGGGAGCACCAGGGCACUCAGUCCUUGCACUCCACUGGGCGCACCACCUCCUGGGCCCUUCGUUAAUGUUCAACAUCAUGCACGUUUAGAAGCCCAGAGGAUACAUGCUUUUCAGAACCUACUUUACGGCUAUGAAAGGCAUCUGUUCUCACCAUCUUGCAGUCUUGGCUAUAUGAGGAACAGAUAACAUACAACUAAGUGAUGAAGUAGAUCUAUUGACUGAAUUCUAACCACCAGUAUAUAGACAUUUUAUAUUCUCUUUAUUGCCAUUGAAUAAAAUCUUCAGUCCAGUCAUAACCUUGCCAUGUGCUGGGUGUCAGUGUCCACUGACCUAGCAGGCCUUUAUUCAUUCUCUCAGAUCAGUCACCUCUUUGUUGCUGUUCACUUGACACAGACUGUUGGCCACCAGAAUGAGCUCGGGUCCCAUGCUUGUUCUUUGCAAGGUUUAUCUGCAGAAACCUCUGUGUAGUCACACACUGAGCGUCCAUCCUACAGUCUCGUAGUUGAGGCUUUCUCAGUGGUUGGGCCCUUGGUCCCUACUGCUCCCUGCAUUAACAACUUAGUGUGUUUGUCCACUUGAUUCCUUGGGGCUGUUACUGUGCUGGGCCGUUGUAGGAUACCAACAUUUACGACAUGAGGUCGAGCUCCCACUGACUGGAAAACCAGCGUACUGAAUUACCCCAAGGGUAGUUUCUUUUGGGUAUGCUACUUCCUUCAGGUGCUUUCUAGACAAGAGAUUAUAACUUGAGAUAUUUGAUCCCUAGGCUCAUGAUACACGCAGAAGAACUAAUCUUGAUCUUUGCCUGCAUACACAGAUGAUAUAACUUUGAUCUUUUGUUAAAGAAAAGCCUAAAUCAAAAACAUAAUUUCAAAUGUAUGUCAACAUAUACUCCGCCGUGAUUAUAAAAAGCUGAUUUACAUGUUUAAUAAAUGGAUCAUUCCCUGAAUGGUUCCAAAGGAUC